UUGAAUUUAUAAUGUAAUUAUAUGUUAUGUUCACUGAAUGGUGUGCCUUUCAUUUAUUAUCCUAUCUCCAUGCAUGACCAAUCUUGUUAUAUUCUAUUUUAUUAUUAUUAUUGAAAUUAUCAACCAACUAAUUGUAUUCUUCACAAAAUAAGUUGGAUCAAUCAGCGAUAUACAGCAGUGAUUGUUAAAUCUUUGGAAAUAAUACAUUCCCGAGAUUUAUGUAAAUUAUCCAGUACCAACACAUCUGAUUUGAAGAAACUCAAAGGUCAUAGUAUUAAGUUGCAGCAAUAUAAAUUAAUAGAAUUUAUAAGGUAUUCUGAUAGAGUAUUGCCUUUGAUUCCGCUCGGUAUCGUUUUUCAUUGUUGACCACUUUGGCGAAUGGUGGCGGGUGGCAUUAGUGGCGAUGCCGCAUUGUCUAGUACGGUAAUCAGAGCCCUUAUAUCUGUCUACCUCUACUGCAUAUAUAUUUGUGGAGUACACCAAAUCAGUCACAAAAACUGUGAACUGUUAAAGUGGCCGACGUUUGCAGCCAGCGAAAGCACAGAGUUGUUUGAGCUCCUAGGAGAGCUGUUUUUCAGGAACCUCAGGACUUGUGCCGAUAAUUCCCAGUUUUUGAUUUGUUGUAUACAACUCAUUAUAAUAGCACCCUCCUGCGUGGAAGCAUUUUUUAUUCUCACGGCGACAGAGUUGAGAAAAGCUGUCCUUUCUGUUAUGAUGUUUUUCUUCAGCAAUCUGGUUUUAUUUAUAAACUAUCAUAAUGGACAACGAAUCUUUAACCAGAAUGAUAGACUGCGGAAAUCACUAAUGGAGGUUCCUUGGACAGACAAACCACGAUGGCUGAGACAAGCGAUGCAUAUUAUGCUGACUCAGGCUAAUCGAGACAUGCAAAUCAAGCCUUACGGCAUUUACGCACUCAACUACAUGUCCUUCAAAGAUUUGAUGAAAUUCACUUUCUCCGUUGGAAACGUCCUUUAUAAAAGGAAACAGCUGACGAGUUGAGUCCAAUAUUGGAACCAGUUAGAGUUGUACUCAAAACUUGUAAAUAAUUUCAAUAAACGAAUAAUUAACUCGGAUU